UCAUUUUUAUACAGAAAACCGAAAUUACUUUCCGAGCAACCCAAUAUAUUUUCGAGAUCGAAAAUUAGUUCCUUCAAUCGAAAGCAGUUGCUGAUGCGAUUCUUCGGUUUGCGAAACAGAAUUUUCUGUUGCCGCAACCGAGCCCCGAGCCGUAACAGAAAAUUUCCAGUUGCCACUGCGGAAUAUUUUUUUGCGUGUAGAAGCGGAAGCGUGACGAGAGCGCGAAGUCUCACAUCGCUCGAGCGAAAGAAUAAGGAAAAGAUUAAAAAGAUUAACAAAGAAUUAAGAUUGAGAAGUUGAGAUUAAACAAGAACUAACAAAGAAAAGAUUCGAAAAGAAUCAAAUCGCGUGACGCGAAACUUGUCGCUUCUCAAGUUUCCGCCCAAGGUCCCGCUCUCAGAAAAAAGCGACGCGAUCGUCGCUCGGGAUUUAAUGUCGAGACGAGAUUUAAUGACGAUUUUGCUCGAUCGCGGGACGCGAAGACUUCCGCACGCAGCAUGUUCUCAGCAGAGAACUUCUUUCGUUCUUCUUGCUCGAGGCUCUUCCCGCCUAUUACUUCUGUCUUCUUUUUUCCCCUGCUAUUCAAUAACGAUUCUAAUUUAUCCGACAAUGUGCCUCGCGGGCAAGGUGUGACGAGCAAAGCGAUCGCCGAGGAUCUGCACUACGGCGAUAUUUCCUGCCAGCUCAACUCGACGACGCUGACGUUGGUCGACCUUCCGAUACAAUGCGAAGCCGCGAAGAAUGCUACCUACUGCCAGUCUCUGGAGCUGAACGGGUCUUCCUACUGCGAGUGGAACUACAACGGUCUCGGUUUGGACUAUCAGAUCUUGGCGGGGCCCAGCUUCAUCGCGGUCUUCACGAUCGUGGGCGUUCUGUUGGGCAUCGCAGCCGAUAGGUACAACAGAGUGAGACUGCUGGCGAUCUGCACUCUGAUAUUCAGCGUGGCGAUCAUUCUGAUGGGAGCGGUGAAGGAGUACUGGCAGCUCGUCAUUCUGCGAAUGAUCCUGGCGGCGGGAGAGGCGGGCUGCAACCCGAUGGUGACCGGUCUACUGUCCGACUGGUUCCCGGAAGAGCAACGAGGCCUCGUCAUGUCUAUUUUCAAUUGGGGCAUUUAUGGCGGUUACGGCAUCGCAUUUCCGAUCGGCCGUUACGUGCCGCAGCUGAAUGCCUGGGACCUAGGCUGGAGAGUCUGUUAUUACGGAGCCGGCGUGAUCGGUAUAGUCAUCGCCAUUCUCACCGGUCUGACGCUGACUGAGCCGACGAGAAAGACAAUCGGCGAGGAGACGACGGCCAAUGACGGGAAGCAAGUAUCGAUUUGGAAAGUGAUACUGCAACCGCGCGUUAUUCUCUUAUGCCUCGCCGCCAGCAUUAGACAUUGCGGUGGCAUGUGCUUCGCAUACAAUUGCGAUCUCUACUAUAGAGACUACUUCCCGGACUACGACUUCGGCUGGUUGCUGUUCGCCGUGACGAUUGUCAUCGGCAGUAUCGGCGUCGUGGUCGGUGGGGUAAUUAGCGACAAGUUCGUGGCGAAGAUGGGAAUCAGGUCGCGCGUGGCCUGUUUGGCGAUCAGCCAGAUAAUCGCGACGCCGCCUGCCUUCGGCUCGGUAUACUUUAAUCCUCUCUGGGCCAUGAUCACGUUAGGAUUCUCUUACUUCUUCGCCGAGAUGUGGUUCGGGAUAGUGUUCGCCAUCGUGGUGGAGAUUGUGCCGCUGAAUCUGCGCUCCACCACCGUGGGCAUCUUCCUGUUCGUCAUGAACAACAUCGGCGGCAAUUUACCGAUCCUCGUCGAGCCCACCAGGACGGCCAUCGGCUUCCGGGAGUCGUUAUACAUCUUUUACGCCGGCUUCUAUGGCAUCAGUUCCAUCAUGUUCUUCUUCACCAUGUUUCUAAUGGACGGACCUGUGGAGACGGAGGUGAAGCGACAGGUGGACCAGGAGUUGGACAAGACGGCCCCGCCGGCUUACGACAAUAGCAUGUUCACUAACGACGACGGCCAAUUGCCAACGUUGGAACUGCCGCGAUUAUCACCGCGACCACCCCUCUAUGAGAGCUCCCGAUUAUGAGACGGCUAGCAGGAGUCGUUCCAUAGAGUAGUUCUGUAAAUAGUACCUCUAGCUUUCCGCGUGUCUUUCAAUCGACGGUCGUGUAGCUUCGACAACCGGGCAGAUAUCCUUCCGACAACAUUAAAGGAAGAUUCACGCCUUGGCAGAAAAGCAGAAAGUAGAAAGGCGACAUCCAAUCAGAAGUCGCGCUGAUAGUUUGUCUCUCCUUUGAGAGAGAGGUAGAAGAGAGGCAGACUACCAGUGCGAGUUCUGAUUGGUUUCUGCUCUUCUGCCAAGGUGUGAACGCCGUCAACGUCAACUGCGGAUUGAUCGAUCGUGGGGAAAAUUACCACGUCUCUCUCUCUCUCUCUCUCUCUCCCCCUCCCUCUCCCCCCUCUCUCUCUAUCUGUCUGUCUGUCUGUCUCAAUAUUGGCUCCAGACGCUUGUUAAGGCGAAUUCCCCAAUGCUAUUGUUCGGGAAUUACUACAUGUCAGAAUUACUCACAACAUAACGACGCGUUCGAAAUAUGGAUUCUGUCAUCGCUCGCGGUCGAAGAUUUCAUUGGCAGCUACGCUGCACGCCGUUCUCGGUGUGGAUCGAUAUGAUAGCUUUUUUUUUACGUCGCCUCGAGGCUCGUUGAGAAAAUGACGGUCGCUAUGAUGAAGAAUAAUUGUUCGCUCCGAGCGCAAAAUCGGUUGCGAAAUAUCCGUCUUCAUGCACCACGCGAGUUCGAGGUCCCGAAGAGGAAAGUCGAUCUUACGAAUUUCUAUUACGGAGGAAAAUGUUCGAUAGAACGAAUCUUUCAAUGAAGUAUGAGCGAUUCCGAAAUUUCAACUGAGAACGCCAGAAUUCCGUUCAAGUUAACUGGAAGUCUUGGUGACUCGGACUGAAUUCUGACAACUUCAAACGGAACUUUCGUCUCGUUCAUUUUUCCCUCUCUCCGCAUAAGCUUGCAAAUUCUGAACUUAAAGACUAGUGAAAAAUCCCAUGACGUGACGUCGGCUAAUAUCACGUUCCACCUCGAUAAAACACUUGUUCACCGCUGAUUUCCCGCGUUGGCUCGGGAUUUUUUAAGUAAGAGCAGAUUCCACAAGGAGUUCUAUGCGCGAGAUCAUACGUCGCAAAUUCACGUGUGUUAAUUUGACACGCAUAAGCGUAUAAUUAGCUGCGUUUUUUGCACGUUUCUUAAAUCACGUCAUUUAAUUCGUUCAGACAUUUAACCCGACGUCAUUGAGGCUGAGUCAUAAUGACCCGAGAGACGUUUCUUUAAACCCAUUAAAUAUCUUAUCAAAUUACCUACAUUGAGAGACUACUGUUCCAUGAGAAAGCAACCAGCUUCCUAAAACCAUAGCUGACACCGCUGAGAGUGAACGAAAAGAUACUCGGGUCACCAUGACUCACCUCGACGUGUGUGUACAACAUUUUACCGCCACAACAAGACGCCGAGUCAACGCGUUCAAGCGCAUUAAAUGUCGUGACUCCAACCGACAAGUAACGCGUAAAGAAAGCUUCAGCCAACUGCACGCUCGCGUAUGUCAGAUCAACACGCUCGGAUUUGUGCAGUGUACCCGCUUGACGACACGCACUCGCGUAUUACAAGACUCUCGCAAGAUCUCACGAGAUCUCGAAGAUAGCGUCCCGUCGGAAGAAGGAUAUGUCUUCGCAGGAAGUGGCGACAAGGACACUGACGACACAUCGGCGAUUGCGCCUCGCAAAAGAGAAGUUUUUAUUGAGAAAGUCACAUAAAUUAAUUAGCAUUAAGUUUAAGACGAUUGGUAUCGGUGUGUUAUAUCACAUAUCGUAGACAGCCUGUUGGCGUUUACCCGCGACGGGUAAUGCGAAACACGA